UGUUUUCUCUCUUCUUUUAUGUACUUAAGACAAAUUUGCGUCUUAAAAAUAGUUUUUUGAGGGAUAAGCACAUUUUUUGAACAAAGUACAUCCCACUGAAUUUACAGUGGGAUUUCAAAUUACUGCAUGUUGGCUAGCUGUUCAUGCGCAUGGUUAUCCCACAGUUAAGGUGAGGUAAGCUAUUCCUCAUUCAGUGACUUGUGAUUGCCGCUUACGGUAUGCCCAAAGGUAAAAGUAAGGUUUUAUUUACUGGUAGUUACUGUUGGGCAUUUUACACACAGUCAUUUUUUACUUUACAGCAACUUUGGUGUCCGGGUCCUAAUAUUGCCCCUGCCUUAGGAUGAUAAUUUUCAGAAUAACUUAGGUAUGCGUGUUGAUUUUAAAGCACUUUGAAAAUUUGCUGCUGGAAUCAGUCACGUUGGCCAACCUAUUGAGAGGAUUAUCUCGAGUGAAGGUGAAGGAUAAGCGACAAGUGUAACUCGGAACCCUGCUGGCGGUGACACUUGUGUUUGCAGCAGAUCCUGGUGUGUCAGCAUAAGGCCAGUUGAACUGAUCAUCACAGUACAGAGCUCCCUGAAGAUGUCUGGCUCAUACUGCUUCAAACUCUCUGGAUGUUUGCUGUUUAACUGCUGAAGCUUCCUACUGCUUGUUGUUCUCCCAAAGCCUUAAUCUAUUGAGGGAUCAGAAUUGGCUACUAUGGAAUCAAGACCAACUAAAACAUGAGAAGAUGUACUCAAGAUGAUCCAUCCAGAAGAUUUUUUUACUUCAUAGAAAUCUUAUUUUUAGUAUGUAAUAUAAUUUGACAAAGCCAAGUUCAAUUACUUCUCUUGAAAUUAAGACACACCUGGGGCCUUCAUCAGAAAUGUUUCUAACCUUUUCAAGAAAAAAUAUGUCCCAGAAACUGAGUAUGUUUUUACUAGUUUUUGGAAUCAUUUGGGGUUUGAUGUUGCUACGUUACACUUUUCAGUAUCCAAGACGCCAAAGCAGUGCCGAGUUGCGUGGACAGAUACUAGACCUAAGUAAAAGAUAUGUCAAAGCACUGGCAGAAGAAAAUAAAAAUUUAAUGAACGGUGGCGGUGGAGCCUCUAUGGCAGGAUAUGCUGAUCUUAAGAGAACAAUUGCUGUUCUUCUGGAUGACAUCUUACAGCGCCUUGUGAAAUUGGAAAACAAAGUUGAUUACAUUGUUGUGAAUGGCUCAGCAACAAAUACCACUAAUGGAACUAGCAAUCAUGUGCCAGUAACUUCAAAUAAACGUGUAAAACCAGCAAGCAACAUUAGAUAGCAAACAGGGCCGCUUUGUGUUGCUACACCUAUGAUAGGUAAUGUUUAAGAUAAGCUUUUUAUCUCUGGCUAAGGCAAAGCAGUAGUUGGCUCUAAAAGAAGCAUAAACUAUUCUAUUAUACAAUGUGCUGGAUCUAUGUAGGCCUAAGUUUUGUGCAUAGGUUCUCAAAGCAUUAUUUCAUUGCCUUUGAGCAGUACUUCUGAAGUCAUCGUUGUUGUCUUUAAAGGUAUUUUGAUAUUACAAUUUGAUGUAGUAUGCCAUUGGAUAAUAACAAUAAAUGGAAAGCGAUGGGGAACUUAUUGGUAGGUUUCUAAAUAUAUUUAUUUAAGUAUAAAUAUAACAUAUCUUUUGGAUAGGUGAGCAGUAUUGUAGCUUAUUCGUUUUUUGUGAUCUGCGUUAAGCUGAAGUAACUGAGGAAAAAGCAUUGUUAAACAGAUGCUAGAAAAUGUGUAUACCUAUAAUAUUUUGUUACUCAUUUACUAAAAAAAAUUAAAUUGAGGAUAGCCUUGGCAGUAAUAUUUUAAAAUUGUGACCCAAAGAAUGUCUUUAUUUGCACUAUCUGUCAUAAUAGGUAGAGAGAAUUUACUGUAUAUUUAAGAAAACUAAUUAUAAUAGGAAGACAUCCUAGGUAGUAACACUGUCCAGGUAUAUAUUUAUGCUGGAGUUAGGGCAGUUAGAUUAUCAAAAGCAAAUCAUAAUCUGUGAUAUCGUAGAUGAUUAUUUCUUACAAAGAUAUUUAAGUGUAUGUAUUUUGUAAUUGCAGAUAAGAUUAUUUAAGUGAUGGAAAUAAGUUUUGGAUAUGUGAAUACUGUUUAUUUUUAUUCAUUGCUGUUUCUUUUUAACUUUUUAGUACCUUGCAAUUUGUGAUGAGUAUAGCACACCGUCUCCCUGAAUUGCUUUUUUGAUAGGAGGAAAAGCAAUGAGGGGAAGCAAGGCAUCUCUGCAUUUAACAGAGAUGUAUGUUCUAAGGGUGUUUUAUGGAAUAUUUGAGAGCUAAGGUAAUGCUUGCCUUAUGUCUAAGUUAGCCUUACAGCAAAGUGAAUUGCAGUGUGGAUGCACUGUGUUUCAAAACGUUACUGAAGUCUUAUUAAAGAGAAAGUGACACUGAGCCUGUUUUUUAAAAUGUACUGAAUGUUGGGGGGGGCAGGGAGGGGGUAUAUUCAGGGACUUUUGCCAAAAGUGUGCUGUACGUGGGGGUGGUCUAAUCCUAUAUUAAGGAGAAAAUCUAACCAGUAAAAUUGAAGGUGCUGGAUGAUAUACCAUCCAAAGUUAUGUGCUUUUUUUUUCUUCAUUUCCCUGCUGAUAUUCUGGACUGUUAUAAAGCAAAAAUACACUUACAACCUUAGCAUCCGGAUGAUUUUUUUUUCUGUCACAUUGUGUGUAAACAUAUAGUCACUUCAAUGCAGAAAGAGGAAAAAUAAAUUUUAAUUGUACUUUUAAA